GCUGACCCGGGCCAUCCAGACCCCGCCCCUCAGCCACCUGUCAGGGGACGGCGCGGACGGCACCGCCAGGAUCACCGAGCAAGAGAAGAUGCAGGCGGAGCUGGAGGCUCUGCAGUCCAGCGUGGGGGAGGUGUCCCGCCGCUGCGUGGGCUUCUUCCAGGACAAGCCCACCUCCUCCAGCGUCCCGGCCAUGCGCUCCGAGCUCAGCCAGGCUGUGGAGAAGAUGGACAAACUGUACAACCUCUCCCACGUCUUCCUGCAAAAGCUGAAGACGGUGGACGUUCUGAUGAGCCGGCUGGGGGACACGGAGGAGGUGGUCCGCAAGUACGAGAGCAGACUGAGCGACGAAGACACCGUCCCCGCCGACACCACCGCCAUGCAAGUCCUGCAGGAGCAGCUAGCGUCGUGGCAGGGGGAGCUGAGCGCACAGGACGGCGUGCUCCGCUCGCUGCAGGCCGAGGUGGAGCGGGCGAGGGAGGCGGGCUCCCAGCUGGCCCGGCUCCACCCGGACCGCAGCUCGGAGCUGGAGCGCUACCAGGAGAGGGCCAAUCAGAUGGCAGAGAGGUGGAGCAACGUGGAGCGGCAGAUGGAGACACGGCGUGCUGACCUGGAGGUCCUGGGCUCGUCCCUGCAGCAGUACAAAGACGGCCACUCAGGCCUCAUCAGCUGGAUCGAGGAGACCACAGAGAGACAGGAGAACACACAGCCGGGCCAGAUGGACAGCAAGGCCCUGUCGGAACAACUGGCUCAACAGACGGCCUUGGUAGUUGAGAUCGAGGCGAACCAGACCAAACUAGACCAGUGCCAAAUUAACGCCAAACAGUACUGUACCUCAGUCAAGGACUAUGAGCUUCAGUUGAUGACCUACCGAGCCUUCGUGGAAUCCACCCACAAGUCCUCCCUCAAGAGGAGGAGGAUGCACUCCUCCUCAGAUGCCAUUUCUCAAGAGUUCAUGGACUUGCGGACACGCUACACCGCCUUGGUUACCCUGACAACGCAACACGUCAAGUACAUCAGCGAUGCUCUGAGGAGAAUAGAGGAAGAAGAGAAAGAGGUGGAGGAGGAGAUGCAGGCCAGGGUGGGCCCGGUCUCAGAUCUUCUGGGCUGGGUGAAAGGUCUCCAGGGGCGGAGUCUUGGCCCCAACGCUGAGUCCUCAUUGGCUGCUCAGCAGGCCGUCACAGAACAACUCUCCGCUAGGAAGGAGGAGGUCGCUGAAGCCAUCAGGAGCACCCAGGUGUUCCUACAAUCUAAACAAGCCAGCAAGUUGUCCCCAGAGGAGAGUGCCCGGGUCAGGGCCCAGCUGGAGGAGCUGACUUCCACCUACAGCCAGCUGUGUGACAGCUCCAGCCAGCAGCUCCAAAAGAUGGAACACCAACUGGCCAAGGAGGAGGAGGAGAAGAAACAAACUGUUAUUGCUGGAAUCAUCGACAUGGGAUCCAUGGAAAUCUUCUCAGUGUUCAGUGCAGCCCAGUGCGGGCUCAUUGACCAGGAAACCUGCCGCUUCCUACUGGAAGCCCAACUCAUCUCUGGUGGGCUCCUCCAGCCUCCCUCCCCUCAAAGCCUCUCAUUGGAGCACGCCUUGGCCCAAGGAAUGAUAGACAACCACACCAGCCAAUCGUUAUCUUACUUGGAAAGGGCCUUGCAUCUGGUGAAUGAGACAAAAUCAAAAGAGGGAGAGAAGCAAUGUCUCCUGCCAGUGGCUAUAGCCUUGGAGGAAGGAGUUAUCAGUGAGCACUUGGGGCUCCAUAUUCUAGAGGUCCACAUGAAUACAGGAGGCUUGAGAUAUCCCAGUGGAGAAUUGGUCGAUUUGGACACUGCCUUAGACCAGGGUCUUUUGCCUUCAAGAAUCUACAUUAAGCUCCAAUCCCAGCUCCAAUGUAGGGAGCUUAUUGACCCAAAUACUGCAGAAAGGUUAAGCCUGUCUGAGCUACAGCAACGCUGUAUAAGUCAUGAAGAGUCUGGCCUUCAUCUCCUGCCGGUCAAACAGCAAUCUGAAAGAACCGUCUCCCUACGUUCUGGAAGAAAAGUGGGCAUCUUCCGCGCCAGCCAAGAAGGUCUUGUGGACCAAAAUGUUACUGUGAGGCUACUUGAAGCUCAGCUAUUUGCUGGCGGUAUUGUUGACCCACGUUCUGGACAUCGUCUAAUCCUUGAUGAGGCUCUUAGCCAAGGAUUGAUGCAUCAGGAUCAGGCAUGCACUAUACUGGCUCGGCAGCUCCAAACUGGGGGAAUACUGGACCCUCGCAGCGGUGAGCGUCUAGGCUUGGACGAAUCUCUCUGCAGGGAUCUUCUGUCUCCUUCUUUAGCUCUCUUGGUACUUGAGUCCCUGCAGUCCUUCAUGGGGAUGCUGUGGCCAGAAUCUGGAGAACUAGUGCCCAUCGCAGAGGCCCUACAGCAGGGAGGCGUCUCAGAAGAUCUGGCGAGAAAUGUCCUGGGGCAACGUCAUGUUGUUGGAGCCUUGUAUGAUGUAGGAGCACUUCACUUGGUACCUCUCAGCCAAACAUCUGAAAAAGCCCUGGAUCUCAGUGUGGCCAAAGUCCUAAGCAAGAUCCAUAUCCCUGAUGUUCUCCCCAGUACACCAUCGAGUCCUCCAUCUACGAAUCGCAUCAGCUGGUGUUCCACCAGCUCAUCUCCUUCUCCAUCCUCACAACCACCUGCUUCCCUAACUACAGGGCAUGUCUGGGACUCUACUCCAAUGGAUUCUAGCGAAACACAAGAACAAGCAAAGCAUGUGUUACUUUCCCAUCUGAUGACUCACAGCUAUGUUGAUGUCCAUUCUGGGAAACGCCUUGUGCUUCUAGAUGCAGAGCUUGUGGAGUUGGUCAAGGCUACUGGGCUGUCAUGUGCAGACACUUCUCCUGGAUAUCAAGUUCAGGAGGAAGGAAGUAGUUUGAUCGCUGGUUCAAUGCAGACCAUAGGGAGUAUCAGAACACUAGUAUAUAGUGCUGAGGGAGAGAAAGAGGAAACAGCGGAAGUUGUAAAGACAAGCUGUCAAGCAAUCCCAAAGGUUGUCCUCUCCAGUAAAAUCAUUGAACGAAAAGGCAGAACUAGUCAAGAAAGUAAAAAUGGUGUAGGUGACAGAGCAUUGCAGCAAACAUCCAAUCAGAAAAUAGAGCCAGCAAUCGGGGGGAAAGGUGAGAAAAAAAUUGAAAAUGUCACCGCAAAAGGUGAAAUAGAAAUAGCUCCUCGUUCAGAGAAUUCUGCAGGAAAACCUCUAAGGCAGCAGGUAAACAAGUCAGAUCAACACAAAGAGGUGCGUAAUAAAGAAGGUAGCUCACCUUCAAAACAAGCAGACACUUCACCAUCCAUUAACCAAGACAAUGCAACUUCUUCUGUAGUAAAUACAGAAAGAGUCUAUGCUGAGUUGGAACAAGAUCUAGCCAUCGUAGAAAGUUCUAAAACUAUAGAUUCAGCAGGCUCCCAAGCAGUAAGAUCUAUGGGAUAUGCUCAAAUUGUCCAAAAGUCGGACUUGGAUUAUAAAUCACAGUUUAUUAACCGUAGCUCAGAGACAAACAAAACGGAGGAGGAAGCUGAGAUGGAAAGGUUAACCAUAGAGCUUAAACAGGGUGGCCUCCUGACGGAGGAAGGAGACAGGCUGCUCCCAGAUGAGGCUGUAGCCCAGGGAAUCCUCCCAGGCCAAACUGCAGUUAAACUCAUGUCUCAAGCCGGUCUUUUUGGUGGAUUCCUAGAUGCCACUAGUGGUGAGUUACUCAGUUUAGAGGACGUAAUGCAGGAAGAUCUUCUUGAUGAAGACCUAAUGUGGAGUGUUCUUAAGUCUGAUAAAAGCCUAUCUGGUGUAGUGGACAUUGACAAAGGAAAUGUCUGUGGGUUGAGGGAGGCAGCUCAGAAAGGCUUGAUCGACUCCAACACUGCUUCUCGCCUUCUGGAAGCCCAGGUGCUCUCUGGGGGAAUUGUUGAUUUAAAUAGGGAUGAAAAAGUGUCAGUAACCCUCGCAGCCAACCUGGGUCUGAUCGAGGAGGAUCAGAAAGAAUCACUGGAGGCAUUAGAAAAUGCUUACAAGGGAAAGGCCACAGAACCACAAACGGCAAUUGCCAAAGCCACAAUCCAACUACAGAUGGAAGGCAUUGUUGACCCUGAAUCUCGGUCUCCUGUUCCACUGGAAUGCGCCAUUCAGAAGGGAUUGAUUGGUUCAGAGGAGGCUUAUCAGGCACUCUCAAAGCAGGUUGCUGAAGGGGGUAUUUUACACCAUGCUUCAGGAACAAGGUUGUCCGUUUCUGAUGCUUUGGAGAGAGGACUGGUGGACCGCUCCCUUGCCCCGGGACUGGAAGAACUGCAGUGUGUCUACAAGGGGAACAUCAGCCUUUUAGCACACCCAGAGGCUGCUCUAUUCCAAGCUUCAACAGGAGCUAUUUACAGCCCAGAAUCUGGACGCAAACUGACACUGACGGAGGCGGUUUCCAAGGGUCUGCUUGAGGAAAAAGUGGCCAAGGAAGCUAUGGCUUCUGAUAGUGUAACUCAAGGAGUAAUUGAUCCCCAAUCCUGUCGUAUUGUCCCUUAUUCUCACCUAGUACACCAGGGUAAGAUAGAUCUUAACACAGGAAAACGAUUCCUGGAGGUAAAACAAUUCAGGGGUAUUCAGGAUGAGCGAACGGGGGACAUCUUAACGUUAAAGCAGGCCAUUGCAAUUGGCAAAGUUGACCCAGUACCAGCUUUGAGGCUGCUCCAAAGCCAGGCUGACAGUGGUGGGAUCAUUGAUGUCACCAGUGGAGAUAGGCUGCCUCUGCCUGAAGCCUCUGAGAAAGGUUUGAUUGAGGAGGAUAUGGCCAGAGAAAUUGCCAUCAACCAGAUCACCAAAGGAGGCCUGAUCCAUCCUACUACUGGUCAAAGAGUUGCAAAUCUUGAUGAUGCUAUCAUAGCAGGUCUAAUCUCAAGUGAAAUGGCCUUUGAUAUCCAGGAGAGCAUGACUUUAGCAGAAAUAGAUGAAGGUGAGGGUAGUUCUACACCAAUGGUUUCCUCAAACAGUGCCUACAGCCCUGGUGCGGAUUCAUCAGUAGCCAGCAACCAGGUAAAAUGGUCAAGUGAAAGCUCUCUGUCAACCUCUCCACUCUUAGAGCAGUCAGGGAUAGGUUUGGUGUUUAAAGAGGUGGAUCAAAAGCAAUUGGAUUCUUUGACAUCAAAUCAGUUGAGCUUGUGUGAUGCCACUUUAGAAGAAGAUACUGUAGAGCAGCCACUCUCUGAGUCUGACUCAUCCAUUGACCUGCUGGCUAAAUUUGCCAGCAAUGUUGGGAAAAGGAUUCAGCAAGCAAUCAAUGAGAUCAAACCUCAGAAAGCUGAGCUAAAACAGGGGCCAGGUGAGGCAUCAUCAAUAAGGGAAAGACAUGCUGUCGGAACACGAAAAGAGAGUGAUUAUACUGGUAUCACCGCAGUAUCAUCCUACCAGGAAUCAGACCCUGAAACAUUCAACACAUCUUCUAAAGUACAAGUUGCAGAACAGGUGACUAUCACAAGAUCAGUGGACCUAUCUGUUAGGGCUGACAAGAAAAAGACAAGGCCAGCAGAUGUCAGGGUUUUGUCAGAGCAUCAUGAAGAUGAAAAUGAUGAAAGAAUCAAAGACGCAAAAGCAGAUGAUGUCCGGGAGGAGGGAAAACUCAAGGAAAGCCUAGGUGUAGAUGUGCUUUCUUUAAAACAACUAGAACAUGAAUACACCGAACAAUGUGACGAAGCAGGGAAAAGAGAGAUUGGAGGAGAAUUGGAGGACACAGCUGAAUCAAUUCUAACAGGAGAGGGAACUGAUGUGAAGCAUUCAGACCAGAGUUUAACUGCUUCAGAUAAAGAGGCCGAAGCCAAAAGCAAGAAAAAGAAGAAGAGCAAGAAGAAAGGCAGGGGAAAGGAAAGUGAAAAUAAGCCACUACCUUUAGAGAAAAGCGAUAAUGUAUCGGACAUUAAACAAAUGGAUUCAGAAACUGAAGGGCAGUCUCAAGUCACAAAGUCAAUCACAGGUGUUUCGCCAUUACCAGUGAAGGUUAAGAUAUUAGAAUCCACCCCCGAAAGAGACCUCCAUGUCAAAGAUGGAGAACUAAAGAUUGAUGGGAAGGUAGAUGCAGCGGAAGUAUCCCUGGUAUCUCAAGAUGAUCAGCAGGCAAAUGAUAACGGAGGGCAACCAGACAUAUCAAGAGCUGAAAUAGUAAGAAAGCAGAUGGAAGAAUGCGUAGACAAACAGUAUGGCAAGACAGAGAUGGGUGUUAGUGUGCAGAAGGGUGCAAAAAGACCUGAGAAGUCAAACCUACCAGACAAUGAGAAGGCAGCCCUGAUACUGAAGGCAAAGGAGAGCAUAUUGAAGAAGGUGUUUGAGAAGGGAGUGACAGAAAAGCAAGCAGCUGAAGAGCUGGAGGCACUACGCAAGGAGGUGCACAGGAAGGACAUCCAGGCAGGGAAUGCCAGAGAUGGAAAGAUGCAAACUCCUGUGAUUAAGAUGGAAACUCCCUCGAGAAAGAUGGCAACUCCCUUGACUAAGAUGGUUGAUGUUGAGGGUAGUACUGAUGAAGAUGAUCACAGAAAAAUGCCUGAUGCUAAGCCAAAGGUGGAAUGGAAGGGAGAGACCGGUGGCCGAAAGGAGAACUUGAAAGUGGAUGUCAAGGAAGUUGUGGUUGUGGAUGAGCCAAAUACCACAGAUGAUUCAAGCUUAGCCCUUAAAGAAGUUAAGACCGUAUCAAAAGAGAACGAUGAUUGUGUUGGUGAUAUUAAGGAGGGAAAAGAUAAAGAGACGGUUUCACCAGACAAGCAUAAAGAAACCCCCUCGAGAAAGAUGGUAACUCCUUUGACUGAGAUGGUCGAUGUUGAGGGUAGCACUGAUGAGGAUGAUCUCAGAAAAACCCCUGAUGCUAAGACAAAGGUGGAAUGGAUGGGGAAGACCGGUGGCCGAAAGGAGGAGAACUUGAAAGUGGAUGUCAAGGAAGUUGUGGUUGUGGAUGAGCCAAAUCUCACUGAUGAUUCAAGUUUAGCCCUUAAAGAAGCUAAGACCCUAUCAAAGGAGAAAGAUGAUUGUGUUGGUGGUGUUAAGGAGGGAAAAGAUAAAGAGACUGUUUCACCAGACCAGCAUAAAGAAACCCUCUCGAGAAAGAUGGUAACUCCCUUGACGGAGAUGGUCGAUGUUGAGGGUAGCACUGAUGAGGAUGAUCUCAGAAAACGACCUGAUGCUAAGACAAAGGUGGAAUGGAUGGGGAAGACCGGUGGCCGAAAGGAGGAGAACUUGAAAGUGGAUGUCAAGGAAGUUGCGGUUGUGGAUGAGCCAAAUCUCACUGAUGAUUCAAGUUUAGCCCUUAAAGAAGCUAAGACCGUAUCUAAAGAGAAAGAUGAUUGUGUUGGUGAUGUUAAGGAGGGAAAAGAUAAAGAGACGGUUUCACCAGACAAGCAUAAAGAAACCCCCUCGAGAAAGAUGGUAACUCCAUUGACUGAGAUGGUCAAUGUUGAGGGUAGCACUGAUGAGGAUGAUCUCAGAAAAUGGCCUGAUGCCAAGCCAAAGGUGGAAUGGAUGGGGAAGACCGGUGGCCGAAAGGAGGAGAAUUUGAAAGUGGAUGUUAAGGAAGCCUUGGUUGUGGCUGAGCCAAAAAUCACAGAUGAUUCAAGUUUAGCCAUCAAAGAAGCUAAGACUUUAUCAAAAGAGGCAGAUGAUCGUGUCAGUGGUGUUAAGGAGGGAAAACAGACAGUUUCACCAGACCAGCAUAAAGAGACUAGGCAAGGGAAACGGCACAAGAAAAACAAAAAGUCAAAAAUAGCAAAAAUUGCAGGCCAUGCAGAUGCUGCUACAGAAAAGCCAUGGACUGAUGAUGCUGUUCAGGCAGUUGUGACGGCAACAAUCUGUACCAAGAAAACAGGAAUUAAUGUAGAAAGAAAAGCUGAUGACCAGAAAGGGGAAAGUUUGAAAUAUGUGAAGUCAGAGAGUGAUGUUGAUAGGCCCUCAAGCAGUGAUGACGCAAACAAGAUGGCUUCUUCUACAGUUGAUGCCAAAACUACUAAUGAAGUUUUACAAAGACCAAUCCGUGCAUCAAUACCGGCAAUAGAGAAGGAAAAGGCUGAGGUUAAGUCUGCCAGGGAAGAAUUUAAGGGACCUUUAAAAGUAAUUGAAAGUAAGUCUGUUGAAGAAAUUAAGGAAGCUUUACAAAUGACUGGGAAGCAGUCUGCUGGAGACGAGUUUAAGAGAUCCUUACACAGUUCUGUCAUUAAGUCUGGUGGAGAAGAAGUAAAGGAACAUGUUCAAAAAUAUGUUUCUGACACUGUAAGGGAGGAAAUGAAGGAUCCUUUAAAAAUGGGUGGGAUUAAUUCUACAGAGGAAAAAUUAAAGGAAGCUUUACAGAUGACUGUUGUCAAAGAAAUGAAGGAACCUGUACACAUAGCUGAAAUUAAGUCUGCUACAGAAGAAAUGAAGGGACCUUUAGGAUUGACUGGGAAUCAGUCUGCUGGGGAAGAAGUUAAGAAGCAUGUACAAAAAGCUGGAAUCGACUCUGUAGGGGAGGAAAUUAAGGAACCUAUACCAUUAGCUGGGAUGACAUUGAUUGGGAAAGAACUGAAAGAACAUCAACUCAACAUUAAAGAGCAACUACACCCUGCAAUACCUAGCAUUGCUGCAGAUGUUUUUGGCACCACUUAUGAGGCUGUUGAUAACGAAUCAUAUUUACAACCUGAUUCUAGAUCAGUGGAUUCCAUGAAACAGGAUCCAAACCUAGUUGAAAGUCCUCUUCCAAGUCAGACAGGCAACAAGCCGCAUCCAGGGUCUCUUUUACCAUCAGAGGAAAAUCCCACUGAAUCUGAGUUGGCUGAGGUACUAGAGUCUGAUACAACUACAGAGAGCAGUGGGGAGGGGGAGGAGGACAAGGAAGAAAUAAAGAUGAAGAAAAAGAAGGGCUCCGCAAAGUCAUCACUGAUCCGGCAGGAAUGCCUGGAACAUGACCAGCGAAUUGUGGCUCUGGUCUCCAUGGUGAGGCACAUAGAGGUCUGCCUCAAACAGCAGCAGCAGCAGUCUGUCGGCCGUGGCCUCAUCUCUCUAGAAGACAUCAUCAGACAGACAGAGGCGCUGAGCCUCGAGCUCCAGGACCUGGAACCAGAGGUAAACAAGGAGGUGGAGGCCACUGCCCAACUGCUUGAGCCACGCCCUUCCAAUGUCCCACCUCAGCUCCUAUUGGCUCUGGAGAAGGAUAUGCGGAGCCUGGCCCGAGGGUACGAGUCCGCCAGGGGAGUCUCUGCGACCAUUCUACAGGGUCUACGAGAACACAGAGACUCUUACAAGGAGGCUGUGACAGCGGAGCAGAAGAACCUGGGAGGUCUGGUGGAAAACCUCCUCACCUGGUUGAGCGAGACGGAGGCCAGGAGCAUCGGAGCGAUGGCAGGGAAGGAGGAGAAGGAUAGCCCCGUCGAUCAGAUUACGCAGCAACUGGAAUACUGCAAGGAGUUCCAGGCUGCCCUGACGGCCCGCUCCAAUGAGGUCAUCGACGCGGCCUUUGACGUUCAGGUUUUCAUCUCGGAGCGCGCCCAGGACCUGGCCCCCGAGCAGAGCAGGCACCUGCUGGGGCAGCUCCAGAGGCUGCAGGGGGCCUUCCACCAGGCCAGUGGGCAGGCCCGGGCCCGCGCAGAGACCCUGUCCAAUCAGAGAGCCAGGGAGGAGGAACUCCAGCAGAAAGAGAGUGCUAAAGUGCAGGAGGAGGAGAAGGAGAGGGAGAUAGAAAGACAGACGGCCCGGAAGAUUGAGGUGGUCAAGCAGCAGAAAGCAGAAUGCUCUCAGAAACUAGAAGGCCUCAACGUGUGGUUGGCUGGAGCCGCCAGCAUGUUGGCCAAUCAGAAAGCAUGUGUAGAGUCGGGGGAUGUGGAUGUCUUGCAAGAGAAGCAGAAGGAACUCAAGGAGGUGCAGAAGGACCUGCAGAGCAAAGCAGAGGGCGUGGCCGGGACCAUCCGCUCGGUGGAGGACUUCCUGUCGGAGCGAGGGGACUGCCUGAGCCCCGAGGAGAGGGAGAGCCUGCAGGGGGCGCUACGCAAGAUGAAAGAGCAUUACGCUGACCUGACCAACGCUGCCGACGCCUCGGUCACCCAGCUGGACACGGCCAUCAGCACCACACUCCAGCAGAACACACAGAGGGCUAAGGCAGAGGAGGACCUCCAGGAGACCCGGGGACAGAUCGAUGCCAUGCUGGAAGGCCUUUCCUCCCUCAGUGCGCCUGCUGUGAAGGCAGCCGCCACCAAGUGCAGCACGUCUCCUGAAGACGUCAUAGAUGGGCGGCUCUCUUCCACACAGCCAGAGGGCGCUCUACAGUCACACACAGACAUGCUACAGGCGGAGAUGCAGCAGCUCCAGGCCCAGCAGGCCCAGCUGCUGCAAGUGGCCCAGUCCACGCGCUCCCUGCUGGAGCAGCCCGACUCGGCGGUGCCCCCCGAGGAGAAGCGCCGCCUCCGGGCCUCUCUGGACCAGCUGCAGGCUCAGCACCAGAGCAAGCUGCAGAGCUGCCAGGACCGCCUGAGGAAAUCUGAGGUUCUGCGGGACGAGCUGUCCAAGUUCCUCCAGGAGCACAGCGGCCUGGGCACCUGGCUGGACCAGAGCGAGAAGGAGCUGCGUUCCCUGGGGGAGGGAGAGACCGACGCACAGGGGCUGAAGGGACGGCUGGAGGAACACAAGAAGCUGGCUGAGGAGGUGAUCUGCCACAAGGCGGACCUGCGCUUCGUGUCCAUCUCGGGCCAGAAGGUUCUGGACUCUGUGCAGGGGGCGCUGGAGCAGGCUGGGGGUUCAGACCCGGCGCUGGACAGCACCAAGCAGCUAGUGACAGACAAACUGCACGACGCCAACCACAGAUACACUGCCCUACACACCAAGUCCUCUGAGCUGGGCGGCCGUCUGUCGGGGCUGCUGGAGCGCUCUCAGCAGUACCAGGAUGAGGCGGUGUCGCUCCACUCCUGGCUCAGCAGCCAGGAGCAGGAGCGGGACACGGCCCGGCCCAGCGGGGACACCAACCCCCAGAACCUGCAGAGCGCACUGCGACAAGUACAGCUGUUGCAGGACGAGCUUGCGGCCCGUUCAGUGCAGCUGGAGAAGGUGAAGAGAGCCAGCAGGGAGCUGGUCAGCACAGAGGAAUCCCCCUCCCUCAAGGCAGUGGACAUCCUCUGCACCGCAGAUGGCCUGGAGAGGCGGUUCGACACGCUGUCUGCGUCGGUGUCGGAGCGUGCUGAGCAGCUGCAGACCGCGGUGGCCCAGUCGGUCAGCGUGCAGGAGGGGCUGAAGGGUCUGCUGUCCUGGCUGGACCAGCUGGUUCUGAGCCCAGGACCGGUCCAGCCCACCGCUCAGGCUGUUCAGGACGCCAUGACACAAAACCAGAAGCUCCGCCAGGAGCUGCUGUCCCGGCAGGGCAGUGUGGACGCCACCCGCGACUCCCUCUCCAAGCUCCUGCAGAGCGCCGACGCAGCCACGGCCUCCGACCUUCAGGGGGCGCUGGCCCAGCUCAACGGGCGCUACGCCGCCGCACAGGCCAGCCAGACGGAGAGAGAGGCCGAGCUGAAGGUCCUGCUGCCCAGGCUGGAGAGCUACGAGCGGCUGGGGGCCGACCUGCAGGGCUUCACCCAGAGCAGGCUGAAGGCCCUGGGGCCGGUGGGGCAGCCGGAGCACAGCGUGGACGACUACAGGCAGACCCUGGAGGAGGUGAAGUCAGAUCUGGAGCAGGAGGCGGGACAACUGAAGUCCUUCUGCGAGCUGGGUACGGAUCUCAGCCAAUCACAAGCCAUCUCCAAUUCUCAAAGCCUAUUGGAUAACGUCAAGGAGGUGUCAGACGAGUUCAGCCGACUGGAGGCCAAUGUCAAUGACAGGUUUUCAGCCAUCCAGGGCUGUGAGCAGCGGCUGGCUCAGUUCCGUGGGCUCUCUGGCUCCCUCCUCAGGUGGCUCCAGGCAUCUCAGGAUCAGCUGCCUGCGAAGGAGCCCAGCCUGGACACCGAGGGCAUGCAGCGCAGAGUCCAGCAACUCCAGGACUUGUGUGACGACUGGGAGUCCCAGGGAGCCCGGGUCCAGGAGCUGAACAAGACCGGCUCAGAGCUGGAGUCCACCAUCAUCGGCAUCACCGCACCACAGACCAAGACCGUUGCUCCUCAGAUCAACGGUUCAGCCAACCCAGGCAGUGUUAACGGCAUCCAUACCUGCAAAGACCUGACGGAGCUGCAGGUGGCGGUGGCGGAGGUGAACGGCCGCUACGAGUCGCUGGGCUCUGAGCUGAAGGAGCGCCACGGCCGGCAGCAGGCCGCCCUGGAGCUCCGGCAGCAGGCCAGCCAGGGGGCCCAGGAGCUCAGCAGCUGGCUGAGGGACCGCGAGCACAGCCUGGAGCAGGGCCACAACGCCUCCCCCUCCAAACCCGAGGUGGUGCGUGCCAAGGCUCAGGAGAACAAGGCGCUCCUCAGGGAGCUGACGGAGCACUCGGGGAAGGUGGAGGAGCUCAAGGCCUCGCUGACGAAGCUGAUAGCCGACAACCCCGACUCCCCUGAGGCAGCCUCCUGGAGGCAGCAGUUGCAGGAGCUGGACUCCCGCUGGCAGAAGGCCAAUGAGACCGCAGCGCAGAGGCAGACGGAGCUGGAGACCUGUGCUGAUAGGCUGGGCAGUUUUGCCACGGCGGCCAGUCAGCUGGGGCCGUGGCUGCGGGAGAAGGAGCUGAUGAUGAGCGUGCUCGGACCGCUGAGCAUAGACCCCAACAUGCUCAACACGCAGAAACAACAAGUACAGUUCAUGCUGCGCGAGUUCGAUACCCGCCGGCCCCAGUACGACGAGCUGACCCAGUCUGCGGAGGGCAUCCUCUCCCAGUCUGGAGACGCCCCCCAGGACCCUAAGGACCUGCAGGAGGUUCGGGCCGAGCUGGGCUCCAUCUCGAAGCAGUGGGAGGACCUGACGUCCCGCCUGGACCUGAGGUCGGGCCGCAUCGACCGGGCCCAGGGCACCAGCGAACGCUACCAGGCCCUGCUGAAGGAGCUGGCGGCCAGCGUGGGCGACCUGGGCGAGCGGCUGGACGGCCAGGCCUCGCUCAGCGCCCAGCCCGAGGCCCUGAGGAGCCGGCUGCAGGAGACGGGCGAGGUGCGCUCGGAGCUGGAGCUCCGCCGCGCCGAGCUAGGCGAGGCGGAGAGGCUGUGCGAGGAGCUGAGUGCCAUCGUGGACGAGCCUUACCUGAGGGAGGAGCUCAGCAAGCGGCUGGAGGCCGUCGGAGCGCCGCUACGGAGUCUGGAGGAGCGCGCCGCCGACGGUCUGUCCCAGCUGCAGGCCGCCCUCUCCUCCACCCAGCAGUUCCAGCAGAUGUUCGACGAGCUGCGCUGCUGGCUGGACAACCAGGCGGACACCAGGGACUCCUCGGCCGACUCCCUGCCCUGCCAGCCGGAGGCGCUGCGCUCCCUGCUGGCCCACGCCGAGGACCUCCAGCGGGGCAUCGCCGCCCAGCGCGGCUCCUACGAGCUCCUCCAGGCCGAGGGCGCCUCGCUGCUCGCCGCGCUCCCCGCCGGAGGGGACGAGCGCUCGGCCCUGCAGUCGCGCCUGUCCGGCCUGCGCCAGGACUGGGACGGGCAGAACCAGAGGGCCACCGACCGGCAGAACCGCCUCAAGUCCACCCUGGCCAAGGCGGAGACGUACCAGAAGCACCGGGCGGAGCUGGUGCCCUGGCUGGAGGAGUGCGAGGGGAAGGACGUGGAGAUACGGCCGUCGCUGGACCCCGCCGCCCUGGACGAGGCCCUGCAGAGGGCCCGGACGCUCUCCAUGGACCUGGACAGGAGGCGCCCCCUGGUGGACGCCCUCAACACCGCGGCGGACCAGUUGCUGGAGCAGUGCCGGGUCGGAGAGGAAGAGGUGCGUGAUGAGAAGGCCCAGCUGAACCGCAGGGUGGACGGGCUGGGGGAGCGGGUCCACGACCACACCUCCCAGCUGGAGGAGCUGGCCGGCCGCCUCAAGGAGUUCCAGGAGGGGCGGCAGAGUGUGGAGCGGAGGCUGGAUGCGGCCAAACACCAGAUAGAAGUCCAGGAAGCUCUGGGGCCACAGGCUUGCAGCGCAAAGAGCCUGGAGCGUCUGCGGAGCCAGCAGGAGGCCCUCCGGUCCCUGCAGCCCCAGGUGGUCUAUCUCAGAGACCUGGCGCAGGGUCUGGUGCAGGACGCCCCCCAGACACCAGGGGGCGGCAGAGAGGGAGCAGAGAGGCUGCAGCAGCAAGCCACCGACACUGAGAAGGAGUAUGAAGACGUUACAGAGAAGGUGGAGCAGUGCUCGGCGGCCCUGGAGUCGCGGCUGCAGGGCGUGGGCGAGGUGCAGACGCACGUGCGCGACGUCUUCUCCCGCCUGGCCGACCUGGACGACGAGCUGGACUCCCUGAGCCCCGUGGGGCGCGACGGCGACUCGCUGGCCUCCCAGGCCGAGGCGCUGCGCGGCCUCCUGGCGCGCGUGGGCGACCUGCGGCACCAGCUGGACGGCCACGGGACGGAGUGCACCGCCAUGCUGCGGCGGGAGGGCUCCUCCCCCGACCUGCUGGCGCUGCGCCGCGAGACGGAGGCCCUCAGCAGGCAGGCGGGCAAGCUGAACGAGCGAGGCCAGGUCCGCUUGGGCCAGAUUGAAGACGCCGCGGAGAAGGUGCGGGAGUUCUACGGGCUGGUGGCCGAGCUGCAAGGCAUGCUGGGAAGGGCCGAGGAAGGCCUGAACGCCCAGGGAUUGGUCGGCACGGAGGUGGAGAUCAUCAAACAGCAGCUGCAGGAGUUCAAGGCGCUGGAGCGGGAGCAGGUGGAUGGCAUCCAGCCGCGGCUGAAGCACGUCAACGCGGUGGGCCAGGGUCUGAUCCAGAGCGCCGCGAAGCACACGGACACCCAGGCCCUGGAGCACGACCUGGAGAACACCAACCUCCAGUGGAACUCUCUCAACAAGAGGGUGGCCGAGCGAAUCGCACAGCUGCAGGAGGCACUGUUGCAUUGUGGGAAGUUUCAGGAUGCCCUGGAGCCCCUGCUAAGCUGGCUCAGUGACACCGAGGAGCUGGUGGCCAAUCAGAAGCCCCCGUCCGCAGAGUACCGAGUGGUCAAAGCCCAGAUUCAGGAACAGAAGCUGCUGCAGAGGCUGCUGGACGACCGGCGGCCUACCGUCCAGAUGAUCCAGGCGGAGGGCGAGAGGAUCGCCGCCACGGCCGACGCCCAGGACCGGGACAAGAUCCAGUCCCAGCUCCAGAGCCUGGGGGAGAGGUGGACCGAGCUCCUGGACAAAGCCAGCGGCAGGCAGAGGAAGCUUGAGGAGCUGCAGGGGCUGGCCCUCCAGUUCCACGAGGCCCUUGAGCCGCUGGGCGAGUGGCUGAGCGCCACCGAGCGGCGGCUGACCUCGGCGGAGCCCAUGGGCACGCAGACGGCCAAGAUCUCCCAGCAGAUCUCCAAGCACAAGGCGCUCCACGCGGACGUGUCCUCGCGAGGGGCCGAGGUCGACCUGGUCGAGGCCCUCGGCCAAACCCUCAGCCCGCUCUGCUGCCCCGCCGACGGCCAUUGGCUGCGGGAGCGGGUGGGGGCGGUGCACACGGGGCACUCUGAGCUGCUGGAGUGGUGCAGGCGGCGGGCGGGCAUGCUAGAGCAGGCGCUGGCCAACGCCCAGCUGUUUGGGGAGGAGGAGGUGGAGGUGCUGAACUGGCUGGAGGAGGUGGGCCUGAGACUGGCUCAGGUCUCCGUCCAGAGCUUCCAGCCUCAGCCGCUCACAGAGCAGCACAAACACACACUGUCACUGAAUGAAGAGAUUGUGAGCAGGAAGAAGACGGUGGACCAGGCCAUAAAGAACGGACAGGCCCUCCUCAAACAGACCACAGGUGAGGAGGUGCUGCUGAUCCAGGAGAAGCUGGACGGCAUCAAGACUCGCUACGCCGAGAUGACGGCGGGCAGCAGCAAGGCCCUCCGCACCCUGGAGCAGGCGCUGCAGCUGUCCACGCGGUUCGCCAGCGCCCACGACGACCUCAACCAAUGGCUGGACACCGUGGAGGCGGAGCUCAACAACAUGGAGCCCGACGCCACACCCGCUUACCAGGAGAGACAGAAGGAGCUGAAGAAGCUGUCAGCGGAGAAGCGUCUGGUGCUGGACACGGUGAACGAGGUGGGCAGCGCCCUGCUGGACCUGGUGCCGUGGCGGGCCCGCGAGGGCCUGGACCGCCUGGUGGCCGACGCCAACCAGCGCUACCGCCAGGCCGACGAGACCAUCACGCAGCGGGUGCAGCUGGUGCAGGCCGCCAUCCAGAGGUCACAGCAGCUGGAGGAGGCGGUGGACGCGGAGCUGGCCUGGGCCCGGGAGACGGAGCGCAAGCUGUCGUCCCUGGGGCCCCUGAGCCUGGAGCCCGACGUGACGGUGGCCCAGCUGCAGGUGCAGAGGGCCUUCAACAUCGACAUCAUCCGCCACAAGGACACGGUGGACCAGCUGCUGGCCACCCACAGCGACAUCCUGGACACCUGCACCGACGCCCAGAGGGACGCGCUGGCGACCAAGACGGACGCCCUGAGCGAGCGCUACGAGGCGGUCAGCCAGAAACACAGCGAGCGCUUCUCGGCGCUGGAGCAGGCCCAGGUCCUGGUGGCCCGCUUCUGGGAGACCUACGAGGAGCUGGAGCCCUGGCUGGGGGAGACGGAGACCCUCAUCGCCCAGCUGCCCCCCGCCGCCAUCGACACGGACGCCCUGCGGCUCCAGCAGGACCAGAUGAGGCUCCUGAGGGAGUCCAUAGCCGAGCACAAGCCCCACAUAGACAAACUGCUGAAGAUCGGGCCCCAGAUGGCCCUGCUGAGCGCCCAGGAGGGCCCGUCGGUCACGCAGCGCUACGUGGACUCUGAGCGCCGCUACCUCGCCAUCAAGGAGGAGGUCAAAGGUCGCGCGGGCGCCCUGGACGAGGCGGUGUCCCAGUCCGUACAGUUCCACGACAAGAUGGACCCUCUGCUGGAGACCCUGGAGGGGGCGGUGCAGCGGCUGCGUCAGCCCCCCCCUGUGGCCGCCGAGGUGGACAAGAUCCGCGAGCAGCUGGGGGACCACCGGGCCCAAGGCUUGGAGCUGGACAAGCUGCUGCCCUCCUUCUCCGCCCUGUGCAGCCGCGGGGAGGAGCUCAUCGGGCGGGCCGCGCACGACGACCCCGCCGCCCAGGCCGUGCGUUCCCGCCUGCUGCGUCUGCGCUCCCUGUGGGAGGAGAUCCGCCAGCGGGCUGAGGAGCGCGAGGCCAAGCUGAGCGACGUGCUGGACCUGGCCGAGAAGUUCUGGGCCGACAUGGCGGCACUGCUGAGCACGCUGCGGGACUCCCAGGACAUCGUGCGGGAGCUGGAGGACCCCGGGGUGGACCCCUCGCUCAUCAAGCAGCAGAUCGAGGCGGCCGAGGCCAUCAAGGGCGAGACGGACGGCCUGAGAGAAGAGCUGGAGUUCGUCAGGACCCUCGGGGCAGACCUCAUCUUUGCCUGCGGGGAAACCGAGAAACCAGAGGUUAAGAAAACCAUCGACGAGAUGAACGGAGCGUGGGAAGGGCUGAACCGGACGUGGCGGGAGAGGAUGGAGCGACUGGAGGAGGCCAUGACCGCUUCUGUUCAGUACCAGGACGCACUGCAGGGCAUGUUUGACUAUCUGGACAACGCAGUGAUCAAACUGUGUGACAUGCCGACUGUGGGAACGGACCUGGGAACAGUCAAACAACAGAUUGAAGAACUCAAGCAGUACAAGGUGGAGGUGUACCAGCAGCAGAUUGACAUGGAGAAGCUGUGCCACCAGGGGGAGCUGUUGCUGAAGAAAGUCAGCGACCAGACGGACCGAGACAUGAUCCAGGAGCCGCUCACCGAGCUCAGACAUCUCUGGGAGAACCUGGGAGACAAGAUCACGCACAGACAGCACAAGCUGGAGGGCGCGCUGCUGGCCCUGGGUCAGUUCCAGCACGCCCUGUCUGAGCUGCAGGCCUGGCUCAACCACACUCACGCCACCCUGGACACCCAGCGGCCCGUCAACUCUGACCCCAAGGCCAUCGAGAUCGAGCUGGCCAAGCACCACGUGCUGCGUAACGACGUGCUGUCCCACCACUCAACGGUGGAGGCGGUGAACGGGGCCGGGGCCGAGCUGCUGGAGUCCACCCCCGGGGACGAGGUCAGCCACCUGAGAGACCAGCUGGACACACUCAACAGCGGCUGGGAGAGCCUCCUACUUAAGACCCAGGAGCGCCAGAAGCUGCUGGAGGCCGCACUGCACCAGGCGGAGGGUUUCCACGGCGACCUAGAGGAGUUCCUGCAGUGGCUGCGGAGGACGGAGAGCCAGCUGUCAGCCGCAAAGCCCACCGGCGGUCUCCCUGAGACUGCCCGGGAGCAGCUCCAGCAGCACAUGGAGCUGCAGACCACUCUGAGCCAGCGGGCGGAGCACUACCACGGGCUGCUGGACCAGGGCGAGGCCAUGCUCCUGGCCCGCGGCGGGGAGGAGGGCGGGCCCGGCACCACCCAGACCCAGCAGAACCUGGCCAUGCUGCAGAACAAGUGGGCCAGCCUCAGCGCCAAGAUCGACGACCGCCGGGGUAAGCUGGAGGAGGCUCUGUCUCUGGCCACAGGCUUCCAGAGCUCCCUGCAGGACACCAUCAACUGGCUGACGCAGGCCGAGCAGACCCUCAACAUGGCCCAGGCCCCCAGCCUCAUCCUGGACACCGUGCUGUUCCAGAUCGAUGAGCACAAGGUGUUUGUGAACGAGGUGAACACCCACCGGGAGCAGGUGCUGGCCCUGGAGAAGGCGGGCUCCCAGCUGCGCUUCGCCAGCCUGAAGCAGGACGUGGUGCUGAUCAAGAACCUGCUGCUCAGCGUGCAGGCGCGCUGGGACAAGCUGGUGCAGCGCUCCCUGGACCGCGGGCGCCACCUCGACGAGGCCCGCAAGCGCGCCAAGCAGUUCCACGAGGCGUGGAGGAAGCUGACCGACUGGCUGGAAGAGGCGGAGAGCCGCCUGGACUCUGAGCUGGAGAUCUCCAACGAACCAGACAAGAUAAAACUGCAGCUGUCCAAGCACAAGGAGUUCCAGAAGGCGCUGGGCUCCAAGCAGCCGGUGUACGACACCACGGUUCGGUCGGGCAAGGCCAUGCGGGACAAGACCCAGCUCCCCUCCGACACCCAGAAGCUGGACCACCUGCUGGGGGAGCUCCGGGACAAAUGGGACACCGUCUGCGGCAAGAGUGUGGAGCGACAACACAAGCUGGAGGAGGCCCUGCUGUUCUCGGGUCAGUUCGCCGAGGCCCUCCAGGCCCUGGUGGACUGGCUGUAUAGGGUAGAGCCCCAGCUGGCUGAGGACCAGCCAGUCCACGGGGAUCUGGACCUGGUGUCAAACCUCAUGGACACGCACAAGGCGUUCCAGAAGGAGCUGGGCAAGAGGACCAGCAGCAUCCAGGCCCUGAAGCGCUCGGCCCGCGAGCUGAUGGACACCGGCCGCGACGACACGGCCUGGGUCAAGGUCCAGCUGCAGGAGCUCAGCAACCGCUGGGAUACGGUGUGCGCGCUGUCCGUCAGCAAGCAGACCCGCCUCCAGCAGGCCGUCAAACAGGCGGAGGAGUUCCGCACCAACGUGCAGAUCCUCCUGGAGUGGCUGUCGGAGGCGGAGCAGACGCUGCGGUUCCGCGGCGUGCUGCCGGAGGAGGCGGACACGCUGCAGACGCUGCUGCACACGCACCGGGACUUCAUGGGCACGGUGGAGGAGAAGCGCUCCACGGUCAACUCGGCGGCGGGCAUGGGCGAGGCCAUCCUCACCCAGUGCCACCCCGACUCUGUCACCACCAUCAAGCACUGGAUCACCAUCAUCCGCGCCCGCUUUGAGGAGGUGCUGACGUGGGCCAAACAGCACGAGCAGCGCCUGGAGACGGCUCUGAAUGAGCUGCUCAACAACGCCAACCUAUUGGAAGAGCUGCUGUCGUGGCUACAAUAUGCUGAGACCGCAUUGGUCCAAAGAGACACGGAGCCCCUCCCACAGGACAUCACUCAACUGAAGUCGCUCAUCACAGAACACCAGGUGUUCAUGGAGGAGAUGACCAGGAAGCAGCCAGACGUGGACAAGGUGACGAAAACGUACAAGAGGAAACCAGCCGAGGUCUCGAGCAGCCUGGCAGAGAGGAGAGGAGCGCGUAAGAACCAGCAACAGCAGCCGCAGCAGCACCAGCACGCGGCCAUGCUGAUCGCCAGCAGCAACCCGCGGCUCAACCAGCUCUGCGCCAGGUGGCAGCAGGUCUGGCUGCUGGCCCUCGAUCGCCAGAGGAAGCUCAACGACGCGCUUGAUAGGCUGGAGGAGCUGAAGGAGUUUGCCAACUUUGACUUUGACGUGUGGAGGAAGAAGUACAUGCGCUGGAUGAACCACAAGAAGUCCCGCGUCAUGGACUUCUUCAGACGCAUCGACAAGGACCAGGACGGAAAGAUCACGCGGCAGGAGUUCAUAGACGGCAUCCUGGCCUCCAAGUUCCCCACCAGCAGGCUCGAGAUGACCGCCGUGGCGGACAUCUUUGACCGCGACGGCGACGGUUACAUCGACUACUACGAGUUUGUGGCGGCGCUUCACCCAAACAAGGACGCCUACCGGCCCACCACGGACGCAGACAAGAUAGAGGACGAGGUGACCCGGCAAGUGGCCCAGUGUAAGUGCGCCAAGAGGUUCCAGGUGGAGCAGAUAGGGGAGAACAAGUACAGGCCUCAUGUAGCCUGUGACCUUUCUCAAGGCACUGUCAUCACACUAACCGUAUGUGCCUCCAUGUGAACGUGUUCACUCACCGUUUGGCCCUAAGCCCUAACAUGUGUUCACCCGUGUGUGGUAGUAACAUGUUUGUCUAACAUCUCACAGGGUCGCCAGCUGAGCUCACCGGCAAAAUAAUGAAAAGAUGAACCUGUAGACAUGGAUGCCACACAGGGGCCAGCUAGGUAGUUAGCUCACCAAGAUGUAGCAUCAGAAGGUUCUUAAUAGCUAUCAUUGAAUGCUAUUAGCGACGAUCAGUGUCGCAAGCAUGGAAGUUUGCUUUGUGCAGAUUUGAUUGAUCAACGGGCAAAUCACCCUUCUGUUUUUAAUUCUCAACAGUUCACGAUCAGUUCAUCCUAUUAAAAUUAAUGAAAUUAAAAUGAAAAGUAAAGGAAAAAAUAUGAACGUAUAAAGUCCCCAGUAGUCUAGCUAGCCAGUGGACGGGCCUCUGUGUGUGUGUCUAUGUGUAACAGCAGUAACCUUUAGAGUGUUCUACAGCUUGAAGCGGAUACGCCAUUACCACCGCUACUGAGCGCACUCACAUCGUCACUGCCCUUUGGGGGAUGACAUCCAGUGUCUGAGGCCGCGGACACUGGAGGUUACUAACAGCAUUGUUGUAGAUGUAGUAUUGAGUCAUCUGUUCAUCUGUCUCCCUCUCUCUACUGUCUAUUCUCGUUCUCACAUCAACUCACCCUCACCAAUCCUCAUCUCUCACACGCCAUCAUCAUUCUGUCCGUCUUUUAAGAAACAUUUUCACACCCACGCCAUUUUCCGCAUCCACCCUUUCAUCUCGCUUCCUCAACUUGAGAGCGAGCCACAAAACUAACUCAACACAUUGUGAAAAUGAACCAGUUUAUACAGAAUACCACAAGCAGGCUGAUGAGUUCAGGCUGAAAUAGUUUGCACAACAUGUUAUUUCACUCUCUCUUUUUCUCUCUCCCUGUGUCCCUCUCCUC